UGUGACGAGCUUGACGUUUGUGGAAGUUUGUGACUACACUGGUGAUUACGGAAACAACUGCCGAGCCAGAAUCAAAUAAAUAAAGGAUUAAUAUCGAGUCUAAAGCCUCUAACACUGUCCACAAUGUCCAGGCAAUCCAACCGAACAACAGACAGCAAAAAGAUGAACUCUGAACUGUUCACGCUGACUUACGGGGCCCUGGUCACCCAGCUCUGUAAAGACUACGAGAAUGACGAGGAGGUCAAUAAACAACUGGACAAGAUGGGCUAUAACAUUGGCGUGCGCCUGAUUGAGGAUUUCCUGGCACGCUCCAGCAUCGGCAGGUGUCAGGAUUUCCGAGAAACGGCAGAUGUCAUUGCUAAGGUUGCAUUUAAGAUGUACCUGGGAAUCACCCCCAGUGUGACAAACUGGAGCCCAGCGGGAGACGAAUUCUCCCUCAUCCUGGAGAACAACCCGCUGGUGGACUUCGUGGAGCUGCCGGACAACCACAGCACGCUGGUCUACUCCAGCCUGCUGUGUGGCGUCCUCAGAGGAGCCCUGGAGAUGGUCCAGAUGGCCGUGGAUGUGAGAUUCGCUCAGGACACUCUGAGAGGGGACAGCGUGACAGAAAUACGCAUGAAGUUUAUCAAGAGGAUUGAAGAGAAUCUCCCAGCGGGAGACGAGUGAUGGAAAAGAAAAGGGUCCCUCACACGAUUUCUUGAAUAUUUAUGGGGGACUGAGUCACAUGGAGAACGCCGUCAGAGGAGGAAUGAACUCGGAAUCAAAACGUAGAGGUGUAUCUCAGCAACAAAACUCCUGGCACUGACCUGUGGCCUGUUAGAGGAUGCUAGAAGAUGUGUGAGCCUACAUGACAUGUUCCUGCUGAGAAGAAGAGAGAGCCUCUGACCAUUUGUUUCGCAAACAACCCGUGUUGAGAGACACUUUUUCAUUUGUUGUCUAAAUAUCUGCCCUGUUAAAAGAAUUAUGUCUUUUCAUUCGGCCGUGUAUAGACCUUUUUUUUUUCUUCUUUCUUCUUCUUCAUUGUGCACGUCUAGAAGGCCUUUUUAUGUCUUAUGUUUUCCUUUUUUUUUCUUUUUUUUAAAGAAAUCACUCUUUAUCUCUGCCAAUUAUAUGGCAUGU